CCAGGUGCCCCCAGCAUGCUGCCGGCCUCCAUCCAGAUCACCGGCGAGCAGCUCUCGGCGGCCGAGGUCCAGGAUAUCUGCGAGAGCCUGAAGGAAGAUGGCGUUCGGCUGCUGUCGGUGCGCGGCUGCCAGCUGUCCGACCGAGACUUCGGGCGGGUGUGCCGCGGCGUGGCCGAGUCGCGCUCGCUGGCCCAGCUCAACCUGAACCUGGGCGUGGUCUCCGGCGCCGGCCGCGCUCGCCACCUGGCGGACGCCCUGAACGCGAACCGCUCGCUGCAGACGCUGUUUCUCCACGGCAACCCGCUGUCGGACGGCGGCCUGGUGACCCUGAACGCGGCGCUGUCGACCCACCCGGCGCUGGUCUGCCUGGACCUGGGGGACUGCUCUCUGGGGGACCAGGCCCUGGCGCUGGUCUGUGGGCUGCUGCCCCCCGAUGGGGCCAAGUCAGGUCUGAGGGAGCUGACUCUGAGUGCUAACCCAGGAAUCAGCUCUAAAGGCUGGGCUCGCCUCGCCAUCGCCGUGGCUCACAGCUCUCAGCUCCGAGUGCUCAACCUGGACUACAAUCCUCUGGGGGAUCAGAUCGCCGGGAUGCUGGCGGUUGCCGUGGCGUCCAGCAGAACCCUGGAGGCGCUGGACCUGGAGGGAACCGGACUGACCAACCAAUCAGCACAGGUGUUCCUGGACAUGGUGGAGAACUACCCGACCUGUCUGAGGGUUCUGGUUCUGGCCGAGAACGACAUCAGUCCGGAGCUGCAGCAGCAGAUCUGUGACCUGCUGUCUGAUGACGAGCCAGGCCCCGCCUCCAGCGACGCCCUGCAGCCAAUCAGAGACAAGUACCAGCCAAUCAGAGACAAGUACCAGCCCCCCACCUGGCUCCCCCACAGCAACUCCAGCCCUCAGAUGGUCUUGCUGACAUCAGGUCUAGGUGAGAGCUUAUUGGCUGAGACUGAGAUGUGCCACCCUGUGUGA